GCAACGCGUUCCAUUAUUAGAAAUUUUAAGUUCAUUCAUAUUCUUUUUCAUUUAAUAACCAUAAAAGAUGUUAAUGAAACUUUUGAUUGCAUAUUUUGCCAUAUUCCAAGUAUUCGUCAAGUCUAAUUCAAAAGUACCAAUUUCAGAAAAUUUGGUACAACAAAGUGAUGGUUUAAAAACAGAUGAUAACCUACUUAAAAGAGAACCAGAAUCUUUGGUUCUGGAUGGCUUAAAUACUGAAGAAGCUAAAGUUUUAAAAUCAAAGAUGGAAAAAUUUCAGUAUCAAGCAGAAGUGGAUAGAAUGAUGAAAUUAAUUAUAAAUUCUCUAUAUAAAAACAAAGAAAUAUUUCUUCGUGAGCUUAUAUCAAAUGCUGCUGAUGCUCUUGAUAAAAUUAGAUUUUUGAGUGUUACAGACUCAUCAGUUUUAGAUACUAAUAAAGAUCUCAAAAUCAUGAUUAAGGUUGAUAAGGAAAAUCAUAUUCUUCAUAUCAUUGACACUGGUAUUGGAAUGACAAAAGAAGAUUUGAUAAAUAAUUUAGGUACGAUAGCUCGUUCAGGCACUAGCGAGUUCCUGAAGACUUUCUCGGAUGGAUCAUCUCAUCAGGCCAGUGACCUGAUUGGUCAAUUCGGUGUGGGAUUUUACGCAUCUUUCCUAGUUGCUGACCGUGUUGUCGUUGUCAGUAAAAAUAACAUGGACGACACUCAGCAUAUCUGGGAAUCAGACGCGGAAAGUUUCAGUGUGGCCGCUGAUCCCAGAGGAAACACUCUUGGAAGGGGUACCCAAGUCAGCCUUUACAUGAAGGAAGAAACGCAGGAUUUCUUGGAAGAGAAUACUCUGAGGGAUUUGAUCAAAAAAUACAGCCAGUUUAUCAACUUUCCCAUUUACUUGUACGAGAAAUCUGUGGAAAAGGUUCCAGAACCCGAUAUGGAAACUGUCAAACCGGAGGAAAAAGAAGGCGAAGAGACGGUAGAUAAGAAGUCUCCCGAUGAUGAUGAAGAUACGAAAGUAGAAGAAGUGAAUGAAGAUAAAGUAAAAAAAGCCCCCAAAACUGUCGAAAAGACCGUAUGGGAUUGGAAAAUCAUGAACGGAGCUAAGCCUAUUUGGACUAGAAAACCGGCAGAUAUAAAAUCCGAGGAAUACGUAGAAUUUUACAAAGCCAUUUCCAAGGAGACUCAGGAACCUUUGGCUUACAUACACUUCAACGCGGAAGGCGAACUUACCUUCAAAUCUAUUUUGUAUAUCGGAAAAUCGGCUCCCGCUAACAUGUUUACCGAUUACGGUAAAAAGGUUGACCACAUAAAGCUCUACGUUCGUCGCGUUUUCAUCACGAGCGACUUUGACGAUAUGAUGCCAAAAUAUCUAUCUUUCGUGAUCGGCAUCGUGGAUUCGGACGACUUACCUCUCAACGUGAGCCGCGAAACGCUUCAGCAUAGCAAGCUCCUCAAGGUCAUCAAGAAAAAACUUAUUCGCAAGGUCCUGGAUAUGAUUAAGAAACUCGGUGCCGAGGACUUUAUAAAGUUUUGGAAGGAGUAUAGCACCAACAUGAAGUUGGGCGUAGUAGAGGACCCUUCGAACAGGAAUCGUUUGGCCAGGUUAGUCAGGUUCUUUUCGUCCUACAACGAAACGGAAGCCAUUUCCUUAUCCUCCUACGUUGAGAGGAUGAAGGACAAGCAGGAGUUCAUUUAUUUCGUAGCCGGACAAAAUAUGGCCGAGGUUAAAAACUCACCUUUCGUGGAAAGGCUCUUGAAGAAAGGUUACGAAGUCCUUUACUUGACUGAAUCCAUCGACGAGUAUUGCAUUCAAGCUUUGCCAGAAUUUGAUGGCAAAAAGUUUAUGAACGUAGCUAAAGAAGGACUCAAAUUGGACGAAGGAAAGAAGGGAGAUGAGAAACAAAAGGAGAUGGAAAAGAAAUUCGAGCCCCUCACCACGUGGCUUAAGGAAAACGGUUUGAAAGAUAAGAUCGAAAAAUCUCAAAUUUCUCAAAGGUUAGCGGCCUCCUCUUGCGCCCUAGUGGCUAGUACUUAUGGCUGGAGCGGUAACAUGGAGAGGCUCAUGAAGUCUUCCGCCUACGCUAAAACAAACGACCCCAUGUCAGAGUAUUACGCCAACAUGAAAAAAACUUUGGAAAUCAAUCCUAGACAUCCACUGAUCAAAGAACUAUUGAGGAGGGUUGAAGAAGACAAAGAGGACGAACUUGCCAAAGAUAUAGCCUUGGUGCUUUUCGAAACGGCCACUCUGAGGUCCGGUUAUAACUUGGCCGAUACCAAAGGAUAUUCAAAUCGUGUCGAGAAAAUGAUGAAAAUGACCUUCAACUUGGCUGACUCUGAAGUUGAGCCCGAGGAACACUUUGACGUCGAUGAAGAAGAGGAGGAAGAGAGCGACUCUAAGGAAGACGGCGGCGAUAAAGACGAGGAAGAUGUAAACGAACAAGAAACAACUAAAAAAGAGUCUCCUGAUAGCGAAAUCAAAGAUGAACUAUAAACAUGAUCCGUAUCCAAACCAAAUGAUAAAACUGUUUUAAUGCAUCAUAACAUUUCCUCACACUAAAUUCCUGAUUGCAUGAUUUUUAUGUAUAUUAUCAUUUAUGUAUUUUGUAAAUGAUGUAUAUUUUAUUAUAUGAAUAUUAAAGGAUACAAUUUUUUUUGUUCAAUUAUAUAUCUAUUUUUUAUAA